AUGGGAUCGGAGAAAAUUCUCAACCCAAGGCUUAUCUCGAUUAAUAGCACCACCGGCCGCAAAGGGAUGUCCGUGGAGUUGCCGCAGAAACCGCCGCCACCGCCGUCACUGCUAGACCGGUUCAAGGCUCUGCUUAAUCGGCGUGAGGAUGAGUUCGGUGACGAGGAGGUUCUGCCUCCGAGUAUGGAUGAGAUUGUUCAGCUUUACGAGGUCGUUUUGGGCGAGCUCACUUUCAAUUCCAAGCCUAUUAUCACUGAUCUCACUAUCAUCGCCGGUGAACAGCGGGAACAUGGCGAAGGAAUCGCCAAUGCUAUCUGCACCCGAAUCCUCGAGGCUCCGGUUGAGCAAAAGUUACCUUCUUUAUACCUUUUAGACAGCAUUGUCAAGAACAUUGGGAGGGACUAUGUUCGAUAUUUCUCAUCCCGUCUACCGGAGGUCUUCUGCCUAGCAUACAGGCAAGCGCAUCCGAGUUUACAUCCUUCAAUGCGCCACCUGUUUGGGACUUGGUCGAGUGUUUUUCCACCACCUGUAUUACGGAAGAUUGAGAUGCAAUUGCAACUUUCGUCUACAGCAAACAACCAAUCUUCCUUAGGGGCUUCUGAGCCUACUCAAGCAGCGAGGGGCAUACAUGUUAAUCCAAAAUAUCUUCGUAGGCUGGAGCCUUCAGCUGCUGAAACUAAUUUGAGAGGAAUCAAUUCCAGUGCAAGAGCGUAUGGCCAAAAUUCACUAGGUGGAUAUGAUGAUUUUGAAGAUCGGGUAGAGAGUCCAUCUUCCCUGGCUGGACUGAGGUCUAGUACAGCCCUCUCAACUUCUGCAGUCGGAGCAGAUGGGUUUCCUAGGAGGUUUAGUGAUGGAGCUAAUCCUUCUAAUCAAGCCUAUAACUACGGAAUGAGUAGAGCUACUGGCAGAGAUGAUGAAUACAUGGAACGGCGAAGAAAAGACAACUUAGGCCAAGGAAAUGAUCACGAAAGACCCAGAGCUUUGAUAGAUGCAUAUGGAGUUGACACCAGCAAACAUGCAACCAUCAAUAAACCACUUCGAGAUAUGAAUGGCAUCCACAGUAAGAUGGUUACACCAUGGCAGAACACUGAGGAAGAAGAGUUUGAUUGGGAAGAUAUGAGCCCUACCCUAGAUCGUAGCAGGGCAGCUGAAUUUUUGCGAUCUUCUGCCUCAGGACUAGGAAGUGUGAGGGCAAGACCUAGACUAGGAAACACAAGUGAUUAUCAUAUAGAUUCUGACAUUAAGAACGGUGUAAGUCAUCAGCUACGAGAACAUUGGAAUGUAUCUCAAAAUUUGCCCCUUUCAUCCAACCGUGGUAACACCAUAGCCGGAAAAGACUUGAAAGCACUGGCUUCUUCUGUAGGAUUAGUUUCGUCAAAUAGUGAAUUUGGGGGUCCUCCAUUUGAUAGUUUUGGUCGAGGCCCUUCUAUGAUAUCAAGAAUUGUUUCUUCUGGUACCGAUGCUCUUCCUGAUGGGACGUGGCCCCAUCUGAGUGUUAGAGGAUCCAACUCUCUCCCUGUACCUUCUGCUCAUUUGCAUCAUUUGGCAAAUCCUGGUAAUGCGAUGUCAAAUCGCUUGCAUGGUAAGCCUUUAUAUAGGCCUGAGAGUCAUCUUAAUGAUGUGGCUCAACAGAAUCAAAUGCUUGCUAAUUAUUUGCCGUCUUCAUCUGCAAUGGCUCCAAGGCCAAUGCAGUCGCUGUUACCCCAUGGUCAUGGGUACCCUCAACAAGGCUCAAACAGACCAUCAUUAUCAAUCCAUGGUGGGGAAGCCAUGCAUCCUCUUUCUUCAGGGGUUUUAUCUCAAUUUGGGUCCAUCUCUCAGAAUCCUUCGUUGUCAGCCCCUAAUCAACCACCGAGCGGCGCAUUCUCUGGUCUGAUUGGCUCUCUCAUGGCUCAAGGUUUGAUCUCGUUGAACAAUCAGCCUCCUGGUCAGGGACCAUUGGGACUGGAGUUUGAUGCGGACAUGCUCAAGAUACGUAACGAGUCUGCAAUCAGUGCUCUAUAUGGCGAUCUCCCGAGGCAAUGCACAACAUGUGGUCUACGCUUCAAGUGCCAAGAAGAGCAUAGUAAGCACAUGGAUUGGCAUGUAACAAAGAAUAGGAUGUCCAAGAACCAUAAGCAGAUCCCUUCUCGGAAAUGGUUUGUAAGUGUUAGCAUGUGGCUUAGUGGUGCGGAGGCACUUGGAGUUGAAGCAGUACCAGGGUUCUUACCCAUAGAGCCGACGGCAGAAAAGAAGGAUGACGAAGAGAUGGCAGUUCCUGCAGAUGAAGACCAGACUUCAUGUGCGUUAUGUGGUGAGCCUUUUGAAGACUUUUAUAGUGACGAAACCGAGGAAUGGAUGUACAAAGGUGCCGUGUACAUGAAUGCUCCUGACGGAUCAACAGCAGAUGUGGACAAGUCUCAGUUAGGUCCUAUAGUGCAUGCAAAAUGCAGGCCAGACUCCAAUGGGGGUGAUAUGGAAGAGGGUAGUCAAAGAAAAAAGAUGCGGAGUUAG